CGCGCGGCCUGAGGAGCCUGAGGAGCCUGAGGAGCCUGAGGGCCGCCGGGUCCCGGGCUCCUUGCUGUUUCAGCGAUGCUUGCGGGGGGACCUGGCUCUAGGGGCGCCGCCCGCUGAGAUCCGCCUCUCGCUCUGGGCCUGGGCACUGGCGGGAAGACCCAGACCGGCGCUGAGGGGUGCUCCUGGGCGGGGAGACCAGCCCCCGCGGGGGUCCUCCCUGGGCCCGGGCCCGGGCCUGGGCCUGAGAAGGCGAAACUCAAUCCCUAGGACCUUGACCGCGUAAAAUGAAGGAAGUUAAUAAAGAUAUCACCAAAGAUUAGAAGCAUAAUCAUCUAGAAGAAAUGCUGGUAGUAUGGCUCCAUGUAUGUGUUCAAAAAUCUCUCCAGCAGAUAGUCUUGUUUUAGGGGCUGUCCAGAUUAUGAUUGGCAUAUUUCAUGUUUUCAUGUGGUAUUUCUUAUUGAUUUUGUAUAUGGGACAAAUUAGAGGAGUCUUUGGGACGUAUGAACCUAUAACUUACAAAACAGGAUGUUCUCUAUGGGGCAUUAUUUUUAUCAUUGCAGGAGUCUCCAUAAUAAGAGCAACAAGGCAUCCAACUCAAGGAAUGAUUACAUGUGCUUUGACCACUAACAUCUUCUGCAUAAUUAUUGCAAUUAUUGCAUCAGUUCUAACAACAAUUGAAUUGUCUUCUUUUAAUUCCGUGUCAUAUAGGAAUUAUGGACAAGCGAAACUUGGAAGAGAAGUUUCACGGGUUUUACUGAUAUCUUACCCCUUGGAAUUUUCUAUUGCAUUAACAUACUCAAUCUUUGGCUGUAUUGAUUUGAAUCGUCAUAAUGAAGAUACUCUCACAGCUGUUACAGAGGAAGCUGAGAGCACUUUUUAAAAACCUUAGAAAUGUGAGAUUUUUCCUGGUGCUCAUACCUGAUGUGGGCCCUAAUGAUAUCUCUGUAUAACAAAGCUGCUACAAAGCCCACAGAUUUUGUGCAAAAGAAAAUACAAAACAAGUUGGAUUUUUCUUCUUAGUAUUCAAGAAAUUUCUCUGCACAUAUUUUUGUAGGCUCCAAGUGGAAAGCUUUUCCCUAUUUAAAUAUAUUAUUACAAGGAAAAAUUUAUUUUCUAAGUACUCUGAACCUGUCAACUCUAACUCUGAAGCUGUCAACUCUCCCUAUUGAACUUUUAUAAGAGACCAUAAAAAAAAUUUGUGAUUGUCUCUAGAGUGCAGGCUCUAAAGACUUGGAGCAUGAUACUGAAUAAUUCUCAGGAAAACUUUAAAUAAUUUAUGCCCCUACAAGUGAGGAGUACAUUUCAGUAUGAAUUAUUCUACCUGAACUAGCUUCUACUUGAACAAAAUAGGAAUCAAAAGUCAUCCAACUCAAAGUCUGUUCAUUGUUCUUUUUUGACUGCUCCUCUCCUCAUUAAAGUUCCCUUCUGCCCCAAGA